AGUCAGUUUUGAAGAUCACGCUGCCUGCACGACAUCUGUCAUAUUUCCCGCUGCAAAUGCGCAGCUAUGACAAAAGUCCGCCCUCCAUGCUAUCGUAUUCCAGACCCAGGGCUUAUCGAUCGACGCAUGGCUCGUCGUCUGGCUGGCUCGAUGUCCGUCAUUGUGCAGAUUUCGGGUGGCUGCUGUGGUCCAGGCGCUGUGCUCGCAUUGUCUUCAGGCAACUCAGCUCGUGUCUCUUUCUAAACUUGACAACCCGGCCCGCAACCUUGAUCACACGCUCAUGCUGAUAUUUUUAUGGCGCAGGUCAACAGCCUCCGAAGGUGGGUGCUGAGUUGGCAGCCGCUCAGCCUCCGGCUACUGCAGCGCCUAAUGCUCAGCAAGCA